AUGCCCAAGGAAGCACAUCAUUUCCCUCUUCUACUCAACUUCACCCGUAUUAUGUCGAAUACGUCUUAUUACUUUGGAUCUGGUUGGAGUAACAGCAACUAUCCUGAGAAGAUUAUCCCUCUCUCAAAUUUGCAAGAUGUGUUUCAUGAAACAUUACAUCCAUCUGGAUACCAGACUUUCUAUAAUGAGGCACCAAACCUAUUUGGCUUCCCCAAACUCCGACUUUAUGAGUGUAUUGGGACUCAGGGAACCUUCCAAGCAGCAAGAAGAUUUGCAGAUCUGCCCUCUCGAUCUUCUUCAGUUGAAGAGAUAAUCUUACAUUGGUCUUGGACCACAGCAGAUCUACUCAAGAACAUGCUGGAUUCUUGUAGAGGUCUAAAGAAGUUCGAAUUCAGUCACCACGAAUUUAAUGCAACAAGUGGUGCCGCUAUAAUGCCGCGAGACAUUCUUGAUGCAAUCUUGCCUCAUGCCAGCACACUUGAGAAUCUCUAUCUUAACCUAGAUGAUUUUCACGAUAAACAGGUGGAUAAUCCACAGAGGCUUCACAUGGGCACCGACCUUCGCCAAAUGCAUUCAUUGAAGAGGCUUACAAUUGGCAUGCAGGAACUUCUUGGCACCCAUGCGUCUGCGCUUUUCAACUACAACGAAGCUACUGGUCAGAUACCGCCAAGUAGUCCUGCUCUCGUUGACUGUCUUCCCGAGAGCCUGGAAUAUCUCCUGAUUCACUCCUGUGUAGGCGGGUCUAUUAUAGAUCAAGUGCAGAGCCUAUUACACGCUAUUACGCAGAGUGGGCGUUUCAACAAACUCACUUACUUCUGUAUGUUGUUCAAUAGCUGGCGAGAAGAUGCUGCAGACGUUGUGGAAUAUCUGGAUAAUCAUUCCGGUUUCGACAAUGGCCUGAAAGCGAUCGAUGAGUUUCUGGAGUUCGAUAUGGGGUUCCAGACAUACAGUGCCCAUCGCCAUGAUUUGACCUCCAAAUUCAAGGAUAGCCUUGAUCGACCGAGAAAUUUAAUGUCUCGCAUAUAUGCCCCAAAUCUCAGAAGCCUUUACCGGGAGCGACGGAUGAAUCCCCGGUACGCGGAUGCUGAAUAUUCGUACAGAGAUGAGCCCAAUCCGUUCGAGGAGUAG